GGGGAAGGAGGAGGAGACGCGCGGGCUGGAGGCGGCGGCGGCGGCGGCGGCGGCGGCUGCUGCGGCUGCGACUUGGCGCUUCGAGCCGGAACCGCCGGUGAACUUGGGCGCCACGCACUGGAAGACGGUUGGAUUUCGUGCAUCAUUCGGGGAUAUUUUUCUUGCAUACCUUGCUUUGGAUUUUAUGUGCUACUGUCUGCGGAACGGAGCAGUAUUUCAAUGUGGAGGUUUGGUUACAAAAGUACGGCUACCUUCCACCGACCGACCCCAGCAUGUCGGUGCUGCGCUCUGCGGAGACCAUGCAGUCUGCCUUAGCUGCCAUGCAGCAGUUCUAUGGCAUUAACAUGACAGGAAAAGUGGACAGAAACACAAUUGACUGGAUGAAGAAGCCUCGAUGUGGUGUACCUGACCAGACAAGAGGUAGCUCCAAAUUUAAUAUUCGUCGAAAGCGAUAUGCAUUAACAGGACAGAAGUGGCAGCACAAACACAUCACGUACAGUAUAAAGAACGUAACUCCAAAAGUAGGAGACACUGAAACCCGUAAAGCUAUUCGCCGUGCCUUUGAUGUGUGGCAGAAUGUAACUCCACUGACAUUUGAAGAAGUUCCCUACAGUGAAUUAGAAAAUGGCAAACGUGAUGUGGAUAUAACCAUAAUUUUUGCAUCUGGUUUUCACGGAGACAGUUCUCCCUUUGAUGGAGAGGGAGGAUUUUUGGCUCAUGCCUAUUUCCCUGGACCAGGAAUUGGGGGAGAUACUCACUUUGACUCAGAUGAACCAUGGACACUAGGAAAUCCUAAUCAUGAUGGAAAUGACUUAUUUCUUGUAGCAGUUCAUGAGCUGGGGCAUGCUCUGGGAUUGGAACACUCCAAUGACCCCACUGCCAUCAUGGCUCCAUUUUACCAGUACAUGGAGACCGACCACUUCAAACUACCUAAUGAUGACUUGCAGGGCAUCCAGAAGAUAUAUGGUCCACCUGACAAGAUUCCUCCACCAACAAGACCUCUACCGACAGUGCCCCCACACCGCUCUGUUCCUCCGGUUGACCCAAGGAAGAAUGACAGGCCCAAACCUCCCCGGCCUCCCACUGGCAGACCUUCCUACCCUGGAGCCAAACCCAACAUCUGUGAUGGGAACUUUAACACUCUAGCUAUUCUUCGCCGUGAGAUGUUUGUUUUCAAGGACCAGUGGUUUUGGCGAGUGAGAAACAACAGGGUGAUGGAUGGAUACCCCAUGCAAAUUACUUACUUCUGGCGGGGCUUGCCUCCAAGUAUCGAUGCAGUUUAUGAAAACAGUGAUGGGAAUUUUGUCUUCUUUAAAGGUAACAAAUAUUGGGUGUUCAAGGACACGACUCUUCAGCCUGGUUACCCUCAUGACUUGAUUACUCUUGGAAGUGGAAUUCCCCCGCAUGGUAUUGACUCAGCCAUUUGGUGGGAGGACGUUGGGAAAACCUAUUUCUUCAAGGGGGACAGAUAUUGGAGAUACAGUGAAGAAAUGAAAACAAUGGAUCCUGGCUAUCCCAAACCAAUCACAGUCUGGAAAGGUAUCCCUGAUUCUCCUCAGGGAGCCUUUGUACACAAAGAAAAUGGCUUUACAUAUUUCUACAAAGGAAAGGAGUAUUGGAAAUUCAACAACCAGAUACUCAAGGUAGAACCUGGAUAUCCUAGAUCCAUCCUCAAGGAUUUUAUGGGCUGUGAUGGACCAACAGACAGAGAUAAAGAAGGACACAGCCCACCAGAUGAUGUAGACAUUGUCAUCAAACUGGACAACACAGCCAGCACUGUGAAAGCCAUAGCUAUUGUCAUUCCCUGCAUCUUGGCCUUAUGCCUCCUGGUAUUGGUUUACACUGUGUUCCAGUUCAAGAGGAAAGGAACACCCCGCCACAUACUGUACUGUAAACGCUCUAUGCAAGAGUGGGUGUGAUGUAGGGUUUUUUCCUUCUUUCUUUUCCAGGAGUUUGUGGUAACUUGAGAUUCAAGACAAGAGCUGUUAUGCUGUUUCCUAGCUAGGAGCAGGCUUGUGGCAGCCUGAUUCAGGGCUGACCUUUCAAACCCAGAGGGUUGCUGGUCCUGCACAUGAGUGGAAAUAUGCUCGUGGGGAAGCUUCCAUGAUGCACAGUAUCUGCCGUUCUUCAGUCCUUUGUCUUUCUUUGUCAUUCAGUUCUAGGCCUUUCCUCUGCACGCUCAAUGCCCAGUAAAUUUUCAGGAUUACCUAAAGAAGAGGAAAAAAAAAGAAGAAAAGAUUCUUCUUAAAGGUUUCUAAUAUUAUUUUCCUUCUGAAAUCUGAGCCCAUUUCUCGGGGGAAAAAGCAAAAUGGAAAACCCACAAAUUUUUGCUUAAAGCAAAGGAAAAAAAAAAAGUUAAGCAAAAACCCACAAUUGAACUUUCAGGAAAGUGUGAAGACCCAAAAUAGCUUUGUCUCCAAAGAAGAUCGCUCUCUGACCACUAUGGAUAGUCUCCUACGCUUCAUUUUUGUCAGGUGGGAGAUCUGGAAUACACAUGCAGGACUUCAGACUGUUGGGACAGCCAUUUUCCAACAAACAAGGGGCCAAAAUAUCUGCAAUAUAGUAACAGCCUUAAUAUACAUCCAUUUUUCAUUUUAUACAGCUGUUCUCAGCUAUGUCCUCAAUGUUUCAUCACAUUUAUAUUCAUAGCUAUAUUCGAACAGGACCUUAUAAUUGUUUUUGAAGUGUUUCUAAACCCCUUCCUGCCAUCUUACCCUGAUAUCAUUGUGAUAAUCUCCCCAAGUUGUAUUAGGCCAUUGCCCCAGGCCUUCCAAAGGUCUGUCAGGAAUAUUCAUUUUAAACAAAGCAAGAAGCCGUAUGUCUCUGCAGUGGUUUAAAAUGACAGUUAUUUUACAAGGAUUUGUGACAUUAGUAGUACAUUGGUGUAACCCUUUGAGAACUAUCAGAUCAGCCUUCAGAGUCAGGUUUGUCAGUCUUGCUGUCUGGCAAAUUAUAGAACUGGGCAAUGGUAGAAAGCAGGCACAGUUUCCAGAAGUUCAGGUUUUAAACAGACAUCCUGUAACCCCAUGUAAUUUUAAAGUGAUUUAUGGUACUACAUAAAUGCAUUUAUAACAAACAGGAAUGAUGUUACUUGCCAAAACUUUUCUGGCAAAUAAAAAGGUAUUUUAUUAAGUAUCUGGCAAGAGUGAAAUUUUAUUUGAGCAACUGAUUACAAUAGCCUUCUUAUUUCGUUCGUAGAUAUAUUGAAUUUUUUUUUAAAGUCCAUUGCAUGAAACUUCAGUUUGUCUUGGUACAUGCAGUGAGCACUACCAUUUUUAAAAUGCACAGAAACGAUGACUCUGAGAUCGCAUGCAUAUCCUCCAGCGCAUUACCUAUUGCAUGGCAAACAUAGUUCUCAAAGGGUUAGUGUGGCAGCUGGCAUUUAGCCAUGCGUUUGAUCACUGACAGAGCCAAGAGACCACCAAAGCGUUUCGUUGUUGAGUGUAAUUUGUCCUAACAGCAGUAUUGUCAUUUUCAUGUGACCUGCAGAGCAGGUUUGUAUCAAUAUUUUUUUCCUAGAGAAAAGUCAGCAACUGACAGACCUCUUUAUUGAUUUCUAGGAGCUGCUUCUUGCAGUGAAAGGCUUUACAGCCACUGGGCUGUGAACUUAUUAAGAGAUGGUCAGACUGAAUGCACCCCAUGAGUCAGACAUUGGCUUUGUGUGAAAGCCAGCUUUGGAGGGGAUUAGCUUUUGAAACAAUGAAUAGCUUGCAUUGAACUUGAUUAUUGAUCUGUUGACUGUCAUUAACAACUUAAACAUUGUCUUCUGUGAGACUUUUUCCUUGAAGAGUCCUGUUCUGUGUCUCUGCCCUUUGACCUUUAACUUGCAAACUGGCACAAACUGAAGGAAAUCCGGUGUUGCUUCUCCAUUGGAGUGCUAAUUGUUCUCUAGAAACCUAGCAAACAUGAGCUGUUCCCUUAGAGUGGAGAGAGAGUGUGGACGAUAGAUCUACAGAUGGACACUUUGCUCUUUACAUGCACACUCAAAAAAUGCCCUAUAGGUAGAAGUGACUUUUAAUUUUCCUUUAAUAUAAUUUUGAGUCUAAAUUCAUCAUUUUAGUAUAAAUAUAAAACCAUAGGGGAAAAAAAACCCUCAAAAUACUUGAAUGGCCAGUGUGGCUUUUAUAUAAGCAGGAAUUUUAUACUAGUGAAAAUUUCUUACUCAUUUGCUAAUAAUACACAUUUCCAGAUGAUUUUUAAUGAGUGUAGGUAUACAUUCUUAUUUGGAAAUGGAUGGUUUGGCUGCCUUGAAUUUAUAUUUAUACUCAACAUAGCAUGGAAAUUAGAAUGCCUUUCAGUUGAACAUGUUUAUAAUUUGGUUGGGGAAAUAUUUUGUAAUCAUAGGUGGCAUGCUGCAAAGCCUUGUUGUUUCUUACAACCUGGACAUAUAAUGUAAGGCAAAGAAAAAAGAACAGUUGAAAAGGAGGAGUAGGUUUACAGCUAAACAUUAUGCAAUACAGAUUGUAUUUUGGUGAGAUGCCAGAGAUGAUGUGUGUGAGGGCCAAGAAAGCAAGGGGGAGGAACAAUUAGCUCUGCAGCUUUAUUUCAGUGCUUCCAUUCUAGACAAUGCUGAUAUUAUAAAGUUUGUCACUUCUGCUGAGCACGGAGGAUUAUAUACAUAAGUUCACUUAUACAGUGUUUGCUUGUGAGGGGGUUUAAUCCUUUUAGGACCUUGUUCUCAAGAAAAAGAAAUGACUGGAAAUUAUAUUUUCCUAAAGGGAGAAAAAAGGAACUAUGUAACUUUGGGACAUGUGUAAAUCAUUGAGGAAUUCCAUCAACCUGCAUUGAAAACUAAUAUUUUUUUCCUCUAAAAUGGGAAAGAAACUGAAGAAGCAAUCUUUUGCCUCUUUACUCAUUUGUCACAAUAUCCUGACUCAUCGCAAGACUAUAAGUAUAUAAGGGCUAGAAAAUAAUCUUAGCAUGAAGAAAGGAAGACUCUGUCAUUAUUGAAUUAUGGAAAUGUCAUGAGUAUUAGGUCAUAUUUAUUUCAAAAUGAGAUGAAACUUAUGUGAUAAGAAAAGACAUAUGCAUCUUCUCUCUUUACCAAAACAUUUAAAUUUUCAGGCUGUGAGACUACAAGAAAUAAGAAAACAUGAAAUACAGCAUAAUCACAAACAUCGACAUUGUAAAUGUUUAUUGUACACCAGGCACUUUGUGAGUAUGGUUGCUGACUCCUCUUCCACUGGGGUUUUGGAAAAUAAAUCUCAGUCCUAAUGGAAUAAUGAAAGGGAGAGAUACUAAUUGGUCUAGCACAUAAGAAUAGUGGUCCCAAAACAACAUGGACUAAAUUUCAACAAUGUAAUAUACUAGUUCAGUAUAAUAGAAAGAUACAGCCUAUCAAAUAUUUUCAUAAUCCCAUCAUUCAUAGCAUGGAAAGGUCAGGUUUAGUUUUCCAAAUUUAAAUGAAAACCCAUUCAUGAUCACAAAAAAUAAUUCUCCUUGUGUUUCAUUAUUUCUCAUUACUUUAAUAGAAAUACAAAUGUAAACAAGGUAAUGUUCCUUAUGUAAAUUAACUAUGUAGUUUAUGAUUGUAGUCAAAUAUUGUUCUCUAUAUUAUUAACAAGUCUGAAUGAAGUAUUUAAAUAGAUGAUCAAUCUGUAUUCUCUAUAAAACAGUAAAUCCACAUGAGACCUGUAGAAGAGGUUGUGAAUUUAACUAUUGACUCAUUUCAGAACGAAGUGUCUGCUGACAUGGCAAUCAGAACAGAUGAAUACAGAUACUCUUUACAAUUGCAAAGGUAACACAUAAAUUAGAGAACAUUAUAUGAUAAGCAAGACAACUUCUGUUAUAAAUCAGAGGGCAAGGCUUUUCUGAAUCAGAUAUAAUAAAUUACUAAGUAAUAAUUUACAAAAAAUAAUUACUAAGUAAUAUAGGAUAGAGACUGACUUACUGAAUAAGCAAGUGUUACUUUUACUAGUCAGAUUGCUUGUAAUCUUUUUCUACUGACACACAAUUUGUUUCAAAUACAAUAUACUUAUUUUUAUUCCCUUUCUGUGGGUGACUUAAAAAUAGCAAUGUGGUGGAUGAGAACAUUGCCCAACUUCACUAGUAAUUCCAGUACAUGAAUGAUGUGUAUAUACUGGAUCCUGGGCAUAGUAAUGUAAUACGUUCAAGAUCUACAUACUAUACUGAUAUCUCUAGUAUGGUACAAACACAUACCACACUUUGUGGGCCUUACAGUAGAAUAACUAAUGUAUCCAUAUUGACCUCAUGAAUGGUGGUGAAAUCUUUGUCAUCAAAUAUGACAGAGUUCAUUUAAUUUUAGAUGCUCUUAAGAGCACAUUCCAAAGUAUCACCAAUGUCAAACAGAGCAUGCCAUCUAAACCAAAAAUGUUGAAUUCAAAUGAGCUAUUACAAAUAGCUGUGAGUACAAUCUCAGCCAAUAUAUGAUAUCAAAAGUUUAAGUCAAUAGUAUUAGAGGAAUAACUGUUCCACUGCUUCCACUGCAUCUCAUGAUCCUGAUUUAUUUUGACCACAGGUUGUAACUGGCAGAGCAUAUGUGUGUUACAGAUUCCAUGUUGCCUAGAAGGGAACCAUAGCUACAUAGAAAAGCUUUAUCAGUUACAUUUAAAAAUUAGAACUUUAUAUAAUAAAGCACCAACUAAGAAUAACACCCUACCCUAAAUAUGAAAGCUAAAUAUUAUAUUUAUAAAUAUAAUGGAAAUGGAAGAAGAGGAAAAAUGCAUCUUUUGUAAAAUAUAAAAGUAUACUAUAGCACUCCUUAUUAAAACUGGAAACUUUAAUUUAGCAAGUAUAAAAAUAGUAAAGAAAAAUGCAACUUUCAAGCUUCACACUAGUGAAGGGUAUGUGACAUAUCGAUGUAUAUAAUUAGCCAGUGGUCAUUAGAUGUUACCCUGCAUAAACACAUUGGAUGCCCAUGCAUUGUUUUAUGGGGUAAAGUGUCAAAGUUAGAUGUUCAGUAACCUCAGUUGGAAAGAUGUAUAACAUUAGAAUCUCUUGAGAAAAGCCAUUUCCCUAGGAUAGAAAUUUACCUCAAUAAUCAUAACACAAGAACACUUGGCAUAGAGUAAACAAGUUGCCUUAGUGUUAUAGUCUCCUCUGAUGAUAACCUUUGUUCUUUCCUGUACUACUUAAGUAAUUUUUUAUUUGUUUCCAUUGGUGUAAUUUUGAAAUGAAUCUGAGAUAUUUUAAGUCAGGUUAAUAACAUCCAAUUACAAAUAGUCUCUCAAUAUUUUAUACAUCUACUUCAAAAUUUAAACCAAUAGUGUGUAAAGCCUAAGAACAAACACUGAUUUAACAAAUUCACAGAAGUUGAGUGAAAGGUGGAUUUGAUAUUAUAAUACUUCUGUCAAUUUUGUGGUAGAAUACUGAAGUAGCAGCAUUUCAUUUUAAACAUAAUUGUGAGCUUAUAACUGGACAUGACAUGUAUCAUUUUUUUGAACAAUGCCAAUUCUUCAUAUUAAGUAUAAAUUGUGAGUGCUAUAACAGUACUUCAUAGGCACUCAUAACUAAAGCUCUUUAAGGGAAACAAGGGCAUAUCGAAUAACUCAUGGUCAGUGUACAGUAAGUAUAAAAAGUUACAUGUGAAAGAUACUUAUUUCUGAAGUUCCUAGGCCUUUUCAAUUUAAAGAGCAGUGUGUCUUAGAAUUUAUCUUAUAUUAAUAUUGGACUGGAAAUAACAUUUAAGUUUGCACUCACCAUGUUCUUACAUUCAAGGGCACCCUGGACAGUGUAGGACAAGUAUAAAUUAGAAUGUUGUGCUGAUUCACAUAAUUUUGCCAUGUGCUCUGUUAUAGAGCUGGAUUUAUAUGCCCUUAAGAAGGGAGAAGAAAGCCAAUUAAAUAUAAAUAUGAAAAUAUGAUAAUUGUAUCAUAUUAGGCCACUUAGCUUCAGAGUCAGAUGUCAUUAACCCUUAUUUCACAUAAAAAAAACAAGAAUGGUGAACAUGAAUAAAAUUAUUAACUUUUUGACUUAUGAAGAUGUUUCUGGAGUAUUUUAUUCACUUGUUUUUUCUACUAAAAAUAUCCCUCAAAACACAGACAUUUUGGUAGCACUUGGUCCAUAGCUAGAUUGGAUCUCAGUCUUAAUACUUUUGACACAGGUUUUUUUAUACCUGCCUCAUAUACAAUGAAGCUUGGUUAGAUGUGACUGCAUGGUAAGAUGCUCUUUCCUAGGGUAGGAUAUGGUGCUGCCUGUACAUGCCACCUUUUGAAUGAAUGUAUGUCUCUACAUUGGCCUGGCUGGCCAAGAUAUGAAUGAAUAAAGCCUGGUGUGAGCUGAGUAUUUGAAAAGUCACUAGAACGCAUGUCUCAUUUGUCCUUAACGUAAUGCCAGUUGGAACUUGUUCCCUUUCUAUAUAUUGGCAGCCCAGUUGUGAAGGUGAAACAUACUUUUCUUUAAUGAAUGAUUCAAUCCUUAAAUCAGUGUCAUAGCUUUUUUUUUGCUACCACUGAAAUAACAUCACAGAGGCAACAUUAUUGCCUGUCUUCUCACAGCUCUUUAAUACAUACCACUGCCUGGGUAAAAUUAGGUUAUUUGUUCUUUUUGUCACUUCUUUUGUAUCAGACAUGGAAUCCAUUAUCCCUUUAUAUCUUCAUAAAUACAAAUGUCCACAAUCUUAGUUACUUUGUUGCUCCAAACAAACAUGAUUCCCAAACAAGGAUGAUUGUGUGCCCGGUUUUUCUGCUCCUCUCAUUCUGUUUUGCUUUCUCUGUGUCACCCAAAAAUACAGCUGGUUGGGAAGGAUGUAUUUAUUUUGUGUUCUCUUAUGAAGUCUGUGCCUGUAUUUGUAUUGCUUUCAAUUUCCAUCUUGUCCCUUAUUUUCACAGAUUUGAAUUUUCCCUUCCCUUUGUGAAAACCUGAAUGGAGCAGCAUCCUACAUGCCCAGAAAGUAUGUCUUUGUGCCUCAUUAUUUUCCUUCACAAGUUCCAUGCAAAGACUUAAUCCCAGUCCAUUUCACACACCUCCCAAUUUCUUGCAUUGGAUUCUAAUUUUUUACAUAUUCCCUUGAGAAAAGUGAAAUGCUGAGUAUGGAGGCUAUUGUCUGUUGAUAAGCACGCUAAGGAAGUUUCCUUUUGGAAAAUGUAUCUUAAAUAAUUAUACAGGAAAAUAAAUACCAUUAUAUAUA